AUAUAAACUUCACUUUAGUCGAUUGCGACCUCCAUUCAUCCUUCGUCGCACCGAAAACACGAUUUUAACAUCAUUAUUCACAAAAAUAACCGAAAAAUACACUAAAAAGGCUUCAAAUAAGCUGAUACGUGUGCUGCAUUUAGAUUAUAAGUGAUAAUUUAAAGUGUUUUAGUGAAAAUGGCGUUAAAAUCAUCACCGGUUCUGUUCGGACUUCUAGCACGAUUAUCUCGUCGUUCUUUUUCAACAUCAAAAGCCUUAGCAUCGAAACCAGUGACAGUACGUGAUGCCUUGAACCAAGCGAUAGAUGAAGAAAUGGAGAGAGACGAUAAGGUUUUCGUUUUAGGAGAAGAAGUGGCCCAGUAUGACGGCGCUUACAAAGUAACGAGGGGGCUUUGGAAGAAAUAUGGUGAUAAGAGAGUAAUCGACACGCCCAUCACAGAAAUCGGUUUUGCCGGUAUCGCUGUUGGAGCUGCAUUUGCAGGACUUAGGCCGAUAUGUGAAUUUAUGACUUUCAAUUUCUCAAUGCAGGCUAUUGAUCAUAUAAUAAACUCCGCGGCGAAGACGUUCUACAUGUCGGCGGGCGCCGUGCCCGUGCCGGUCGUGUUCCGCGGGCCCAACGGCGCGGCGGCGGGCGUGGCGGCGCAGCACUCGCAGUGCUUCGGCGCGUGGUACGGCCACUGCCCCGGCCUCAAGGUGCUCAUGCCCUACUCCUCCGAGGACGCCAAAGGUCUCCUUAAAGCUGCCAUCAGAGACAACGACCCGGUUGUAUUUCUAGAGGACGAGAUUUUGUACGGUAUGCCGUUCCCGAUGUCUGACGAGGCGCUGGCACCUGACUUUGUACUGCCAAUCGGUAAAGCGAAAAUAGAAAGGCCCGGUAAUCACAUAACGGUCGUUUGUGCCGGUAAAGCCACGGACACUGCGCUGCAGGCCGCCAACGAACUUUCUGGAAAAGGUAUUGAAUGCGAAGUGAUCAACCUUAGGUCGAUAAGGCCGAUGGACUUCGACACGAUCGCGCAGUCCGUCGCCAAGACGCACCACCUCAUCACCGUCGAGCAGGGCUGGCCUCAGUCUGGCAUCGGCGCGGAGAUCUGCGCGCGCGUGAUGGAGUCGCCGACGUUCUUCGAGCUGGACGCGCCGGCGUGGCGCGUGUCGGGCGCCGACGUGCCCAUGCCCUACGCGCGCGCGCUCGAGGCGCUGGCGCUGCCGCGCGCCGCCGACGUCGUGGCCGCCGCCGCCGCCGUCAUCGGGAACAAGAUAGCUGAAGCAGCGAACUAGCAAAAUUAGAAUCUCCAGUGAAACAUCAUUGCCAGAAGAAAUUGUAAAUAUUUAUUUAUGUUAUUGGAUAUACGUAUAAAAAAAAACAUUGAUUAUAUCGUUCGAUUCUCACAAACUCGUCAGGAAUGGAGUUAGAUAAAUAUUAUAAAAUAAAUAUAUAUUGUUUAUA